AAUUUAUUUGUUUGAUAUAAAGUAUCUUGAAUGGUUUGUUGGUUGUUGUUGGUUGUUUUUGAUUUGUUUUGUUUUUUUUUUAACCCAUGUAACAGAAAAGUAGAGUAAGAGACUUUUUUUUUUUUCUUAACCAUAUCCAUUAACUACUUUAUACAGCACCUCAGCAACUUUGUUGGAUAGUGAUGCAAGCUUCAAACUGCCACACAGAAAUGCUGGGCUCUAACCCCUCUCUGAUACCAAACUGAUGAACGGCCUCACAAAGAUCAUUUGAUGGCCUCCAUAUCCCCCUCACUGCAAAGUGGUUAUGUCAGCCUGUGUGAUCCCUGGUGAAAACACAACCCUGCUAUCUAUGCAUUGUAUUGCACUUGCUCCUGUGCUGACUGGAAAAUUCCACAGAAAGUUGCUUAUAAGCAUGUUCCCAAAGUCUAUCCAUUAGAGGAUAAGCACUUUCCCAAACAACUUUUGUAGUACUCUUUACAAUGGUACAUUGAUGGGAUUAUUGAAAGUAUAUUUUUUUUCCCCAAAAGAGAGAUACUGAAACCAGAAAAAGAAAUCAUAAGAUUAAAAUUGAAACUGUGAAGAAGAUCAAAACAAGGGGAAAGUUGAAGUACACACCAGCAAAGACCAGCAUUAGAUUUUUAUUGCGACUUUGUCCUGUACGGACAUCAUCUUCUGCUAAUCUCUUGCAAACAUUCACUAGAAACAUCUCUAACUACUCGCUUUGGAAGGCAAGCCAAAAUAUUAAUGCAGUAAAUUCUUAGAGGCAAUGAAUGCUAGUCACUGUUGGUUUAUGGUUUUGUUAGGGUUUUUUUCCUUUUUUCUUUUUCUAAGUCUUUCCUAAUCCUCCAGGUGUCAUAUCUUACUCUUUCCAUUUUCUCUUCACCCAUGACAUUCUGCACUGGAAAACCUACCAGCAUUUAUUAGAUCAUUAAACAUCACAGUCCCACUAGCAUCCUCAAAAGCAUAGCUCAGUUGUUAUUGUGUAUAUGCUACAUGUUUGCUUGCAGACACACAAAUGUUCUCUGUUAUUUGCAUCAUUGCACAACUAACGACAUUCUCCAAGACAUACCUCUUUUUCUUGCACGUGAAACCUGGAUAGCUUACAUAUGUCCCAAGUUCAGCAAUCUUAGAAACCUCUCUCUCUCUCUCUCAUAUGCUUCUAUGAAGAGCUCAGGUAUUUGACUUGCACAGUUCAGGAAACAUAGUGGCAGGAUAUAUAUGGCUAAAGUGUAGCAAAACUAACUUCUUUUAAAGCUCUGAGCCCAAGAAACGUGUUCUAAUUCACUCUUAAAUUACAGGACCUGAUGGUAGGAUUAUUAUUUACUGUAGGUUCAUUUCAGUUAAACAUAUUUAAGCCAGGAAAAUAAAGUGAUGGUGCAAGUGAGAAGCUUUAUGGCCAUUUCACAUCAUAUAACAUAAACAUUUGUGCAUAUACACAUUACUGUACACUGUUGUGCAAACACAGCAGAAAACUCAAGCCCCUCCCUCUUUUCCUGUACUAGAACCCUAUCAGUUCCUAUAGAUCACAGAAUGGUUUGAGUUGAAAGAGAUCUAGAAAUAAUCAUCUAGUUUCAACACCCCUGCCAUGAGCAGGGACAACUCCCGACAUCUCCCACCAGAGCAGGUUGCUCAAAGUUCCAUCCAACCUGGCCUUGAAUGCUCCCAGGCCAGGGAUCUCCACAACCUACCUAGGCACACUAUUCUGGUAUCUACAUCCUCACAGUAAAGAAUUUCUUCCUUAUAUCUAACCUAAAUCUCUUUUAGUUUAAAACCAUGCCUCUUGUCCUAUCACUACGCACCCUGGUAAAGAAUCUUUCUCCACCUCUCUUGUAGGCCAUUUUUAAGAUUUGGAAGGCUGCAAUAAGAUUUUCCUAAAGCCUUCUCUUUUCUAGGCUAAAUAAUCCCAACUCUCUCAGCCCUCUGAUCAUUUCAGUGGCCUUCCUCUGGACCCAUUCCCAUAGGUCUGUGUCUCUCUUACGCUGGACUACCCAAAGCUGAAGGCAAUGCUCCAGAUGAGGUCUCACAAGAGUGGAACAGAAGGGAAGAAUCACCUCCCUAGAGACAUAGGUCACACUUCUUUUGAUAUAGCCCAGGGUAUGAUUGACUUUCUAGGCUGCAAAAUUUGAAUUUCAUUUCAAGUGACACAAGGUGAUGCUAAACCAAGUCCUGUACCUCAGCCCAAUGAAAUGAGGGAAGUAUGUCUUCCAGCACCAUUAGUUUGCAAAGGGUUAACAUGCUCUUGUCUUAGCAAGAAAUUUCCAAGUCAAAAUCCUCUGGAGUUUUAUACUACAGAAGGGCACGUCUCCAACACGUAUGUUCAUAGAAGGAUCUAUUUAUUUAUAAUUAUUAUUAAUUAAAGAACAAGAAAGGUUGAAAGCUUUUGUAAUCUGUGUCUCAGUAUCUCGUUUUAAAUGCAGAGGGCAACCUAUCUGAUGCAAUAGAACAACAUGUUGCACUGUCUCAGGACACUCAGCUCUUAAGCUUACAAUCUGUCCUCUGGUCAUUGCCUUUUUCUGACAGAGUACGAAAUAACACAGAGUAUGAAACACAAGCAAAAAGUCUCUACAUUAACUGAGAUGCACAUUUUCUUGUCACGUAUAUUCCCAGUUCAGUACUGAACAUGUUAACCUUCUAUUCAUCAUCUAUCAUUGUAUUUGCAGGUUGCACUUGCAUAGGAGUUUUAAUAUUUCUUUUUGUACCUCUGCAAAGCACUACGGAAGCUGAGAUCCCUGUAGGAAAAGCUGUUCUUUCAGCUAGUUUAAUAACUUGAUGGUGGAUUUUUCUGUUUUCCUAGAACAUUUAACACCAGCUCUACAUAAAUUAAAUGAAGCAGUGACAUUAGACAAGCUGACAUGAUGUACAAGCUUAAAGGAACAAUGUUCUCAAUUAACUUGCCUUACAUUUUUCUAGCCCUGAAAAUAACAAACAUUGACUGGCACUCUAAGCUAAAUAAAGCUGCACACCACACAUCCGAUUACAACAGCACGCAAAUGAUCUUGAGGAGAGGACAGGCUUUCACCAUCACCCUAAACUUCCAAAGAACAGUGCAACCCGAGGACAACUUCACAUUUAUUGCAAGCACAGGACCAUCUCCAGCAGAAUCACAGCAGACGAAGGCCAUAUUUAACCUUUCUGAGGAUGCUACGAAUGGUUGGAGUGCAAGCCAAGGGCACUGCAAGCCUGGCCGCAUGAAUUUCACAAUUGUCAGCCCUGCCAAUGCCAUCAUUGGACGAUACAAACUCAAACUUCAGAUUGUUUCUGGCAACAAGACCUCUUCAGCACUCCUGGGCCAGUUUGUGUUGCUCUUCAAUCCCUGGUGUCCAAAUGAUGAUGUCUAUAUGGCCAAUGAAAAGGAGCGCCAGGAGUAUGUUCUGAAUGACAGCGGAAUCAUAUUUCAGGGAAAGGAAAAAUAUAUUCAGCAAGAAGCUUGGAAUUAUGGACAGUUUGAAGAAGAUAUCCUUGAUAUCUCUUUGUCUAUACUGGAUCGAAGCCUGAACCACCGCCAAGAUCCAUCCACUGAUGUAUCCAACAGGAACGAUCCCAUCUAUGUGUGCAGGGUUAUUAGUGCUAUGGUUAACAGCAAUGAUGAAAAGGGAGUAGUGGAAGGGAAGUGGAAUGGAAACUACUGCUCAGGAACCAACCCCCUGCACUGGAGUGGAAGCGUAACCAUCCUUCGAAAGUGGUACAGAGGGAGAUACAAACCCAUCCGGUAUGGCCAGUGCUGGGUCUUUGCAGGAGUUAUGUGCACAGUUCUGAGAUCGCUGGGAAUACCUACCCGUGUUAUUACGAACUUUAACUCUGCCCAUGAUAGUAAUAUCAACCUGAGUAUUGAUAAAUACAUCGAUGAUUCUGGAAAGACCUUGCACUUGACUGAAGACAGUGUGUGGAAUUUCCAUGUCUGGAAUGAAAGCUGGAUGACUAGAAGAGAUCUUGGAUCUUUUUAUGAUGGAUGGCAGGUUUUGGAUGCAACACCCCAGGAAAAAAGCAAAGGCAUCUAUCGGUGUGGCCCAGCUUCCACCAGAGCCAUUAAGGAAGGAGAUGUGAACCUGGAUUAUGACAGUUCAUUUGUGUUCGCAGCAGUGAAUGCUGACUGUGUUACUUGGAUUCAGCACAGCAACAAAAGAAAAGAGAGAAUUUACUCCAAUACUAGGAAGAUUGGAAGAUUUAUUAGCACCAAAGCAGUGGGCACCAACACCCGAGUGGAUGUCACUGAUAAUUACAAAUAUCCCGAAGGAUCCCCCAAAGAAAGGCAGGUGUACAAAAAGGCACUGAAGCUGCUGGGUGUGAGAAGCACUGGAAGAAGAAAAAAAGUUACAAAACCUAGGAGACGACUGCCAGUAGCACGGAGACAAAAUAUGACAGUGACCACACGAAAACCCACUAUCUCAGGGAAGCUGAAGCUGGAUGCAGCUCCUACAAUAGGCCAGGAUAUCCUCCUCACCUUGGCACUGAGGAAUUUGACUGCAGAUCUCAAGACCAUAAAGGUUAAACUGAGGGCUUCAGCUGUUUUCUACACAAGAAAACCAAAGGCAGAUAUCUUGCAGUGGUCUAGGUCUGUUCAACUUGGAUCUGAAGAAGUGAAAGAGAUCUCAUUCAAGAUCUCCUACUCCCAGUACAAAAAUGCUCUGAUGGAUGACAGGAAGAUCCUAGUGACUGCUGUGUGUGAAGCCAGACAGGGAGCGUCAUUUCUAGUGGAGAAGGAUAUUGUACUUCAGGAUCCUUUUCUCACCAUCCAGGUCCUUGGUCCAGCAGUGGUACACAAGGCCACUAAUGUGCAGGUCACAUUUACCAACCCCCUGUCUGAAGUGGUGACAGACUGUGUGCUGAGAGCAGAAGGUAGCGGCCUGCUCAAAGAGCAACUCAAAAUCAAGUAUGUAAAUGGUGUUUGGUUAACAACUCGUUCACUUUGGUGGGAAAUCCAGAAUACGAGUGGAAUUUUUAAAAAGAUUCUGUCAACUUACAACCAUAUCCUGUCUUUUAGCGUGGCAAGAAUGGCCCCCAUGGAGACCUCAACAGCUGAGUUUGAAAUCAUUCCCUACAAGAGCGGCAUCAGGCAGCUUCAGGUGGACUUGGCUUGCAUCCAUUUUUCAAACAUCAAGGGAUUUGUAAUGCUUGAUGUGGCUCCUGCCCAGUGAUACGACCUUUACAUCAGCUCAGUUUUGUCUUGGUUUAUGAGACUGGCGCAGAGUUCAAACAUUAUUAUGACUAGGAACAUAGAAACGCAGAUUACUUGGCCAAAGCAACUGAUGAAAUAUGAACUGAAAUCAACAGAAAGGUACUAUACACUUUACUGCUCUUAGUUUUGCAAAGUAGCUCAGAAAAAAAGUUUCAGACAAAGCCAAAACUGAUACCCAUACUACUUUGUUGAUAGCAAUGACGUACUUUCUGUCCGCACCUUCCUAAUUUAAGGACUGCCAAAAGCUUUCAGGACUUAUAUGCAUAUAACUCUGGCCUGACUGCUGUGUUCCAUUGCUUUUUUAAAUACAAAUGACAGCAAGACAAAGGUGCCAAUCUGGAAGAUGUGCUGCAGGAAAAACUGACCAAGUUAUUCUCUACUGGCCCAGUGGGAAUGACCCUAAAAUGCAUCCUCUUCAUAAGGAAUGGCAGCGGUUCCCUUGUAGUAUUUACUAUUUUAGGCUUUUCUAAGCCUCAACAUGAGCAAUUUCCUGAAAAUAAAAAUUCAUGUGUGUAGAGAUCCAUUUUAGAUGCUCUCUGGCUUUGUAACAUCGCCUGCUUCUAGUCCGAAUCUAUUCCACACUGUAGUAGUCAUCAGAAACUAUAAUCAGCACAGGCAAACAGUCAGCACAUUGGACCUAAUUCUUUUGGAACAAUGCACUUUGAUUAAAUUGGAGUAUGGGGGCUUGGGUGUUUUUAGUGUACUCCAGUUCAGCAACUUCUCCCCGCACGACCUGAAGAAUUGGCUGAACUUGUCGAUGAGACCACCUGAGAAAAAGGAGCCCACUACAAUCAGUGUUGUUUUGCACUGGCAUGACUUUGAGGGCUGCUAAGUGCCCAAACCUGCUGCUACAUGCUUCACUCAGUCCUUCAUCUGUAUCUUACAAAACCUUUGCAUCCGCCCUCCCCGCUUAUGACAGAGGAACCUCCACCUGCUGCUUUACACACACAUAUCACCAAGCAGACAGGAGAAAAGCAAGACUGAUUUUUGUGUUUGCAAAGGCAGAUAUUGUGCAACACUUCCAGAAGUGCACGGGAAGCAGGCUGGUUGAAAAGGCUCAGGACAGUGUAUGAGGACUAUGUGUGAGAAUUCUCAUUCAGCUGUUGUGCAUCCUCUUCCCACAAAGCUGCUAAAAGUAGGUCACCAUCCUCUGUGGGAAAGGCAUUGUGACACCCAUAUCCCAAUCCCAGCAACGUAUCAAUAUAUUCCUUGCAGUUAAGAAACCAAAAUAGCAAAGAUAUGAAUUUUUCCUAAGAUACAAUUUGCCUAUUUCCUCCUAGCAACACCUGGCAUGAGGGAUGUCUAGGAACAGAGUCUCAGCUUCCCCAAAAAUAAUGUUUCACAGCCACAAACUGAUUCUGUGACAGAUUAAACUGAGGUCUCAUUCAAAUUUCUUUGAUUUGAAGCCAACACAAUCUUCAAAACACGUGAAUUUCUGUUUUAUUACAUCAAUUAUACUAUUCUGCUACCCACAUAUAUACUUCCAAGGGUCCCCAAAGCUAGUCAAAACCAGUCAGUCCAGCGAGACUGGAACAAAGACUGAAAAGGUCACACACACACAUAUGGAUGCAGGAAUUUGGAUUUCUCCAGGCAAAGCAGUGGGGGAAUGAGUAGCUUUGCACCUAUCAAUUAAGUCUUACAGAAUCUUGGAAACUCCGGGUAUACAAUCCUCUAUUCACCUCAGGAGGGGCCUUGAGGUGGUGAUUAUAUUCACAACGUCUCAUUCAGUCUUGCAGGAACGCAGACUGACAUUACACUCGACACGCAGUACAGCUAAGCCAUUUAAAUUCCUUCACUAUUCGUCCUUAAAUACAGCCCAGGAAAUGAUCUAACCCAGUGUUUGUCACAAGAGCUUGGCAUCACCUCGUCCUAAUUAACUAUUUGUAAAGGAAGCCUGCUGUUCAAAGGGAAAUCAGCAGGAGCCCUUGUGCAAAGUCCUUCGCUUUGCAACACGAGGGGUUGCUGGGUUUUCGGGGUGUCAGCAUUAACUGCCCUCAGCAACCACACCCAGCUCAGCUUCAGUGCUAAAAUGCAGAUUUAUCUGUCCAGCGAUGUACAAGAAAUACACAUUCCUCUUGUGUUAGACAACUGGUCAAUUAAGCUAAACAUUUUUCUCUCUAAUAAUUAUUAAGCGCCCGAAGAAAGAUUUAAACACUUUGACCAAACCUACAAUCUUUAUACAGCCCUUAGUCAGAAGUCAGUAGGAGUUAGCAGAGUAACACACAGCUAAUUAUCAGCAUUUUGCUUUAUAAAUACGCCAUUUAAACCUGAAUAUGCACAAGAGGCUGGCCCAGCCCUCAUUCCACUCUGAUUAAUCCAAUAAGUAAUAAUAAUGAUGUAAGCACUAGCUGAAAUCAAACAUUCAUACUAUGAGUUUGGCUUGAAAGGUCUCAAAGACAGUAAACGCUUCUCCCAAAAACUGUUUUCUUGAUAUAAUUUUCUCAGGUCUUGAUUCAAACAGUCAAUUAAAUAACUACCCUUCUAACAAUUUAUUUAUCUUUAAAUCUGAGACAGCCCAAGUUGGUUGUUUCAAAUUACUCUGUUGCUUUGGCUCUCACUAAAGCUGCACUGCUUUAACAUAUCUAUCACACACCUACUCAAUGUGGACAACACCGCUCACUAUUAAAGGCAAUAAAACAGAAAUCACAACCAUGACUAAAAUUCAAAUCUAAUACAUGGAUGUGCCAUGCCACGUCAGAGGUAGACCGAGCUGUAUGCAUAUUUUAAUCACUACAUUCAGAAAGAGAUCUAAUCAUUAACAAUGCUAACGUAAUACUUCAAGGUUCUAUUUGUAAAGGUAAUAAAGACGAUAAAGAACUUUAUGGAUUCGUGUUUGGACCUGUAAACACCAAAAAUUCCCAACCCUAUAAAGAUAAUAACACAGCAGCAACCAGGCAGGAGGGAUACUUCCAAGGAUCCAUACUUCCAAGGAUUCUAUGGACCACUUUUAGAUUUCUGGCAGCAUGUCAGGGAUAUAAUGGACACACAACUGCCAGAACACAUGCCUGAACGAAGUCCUUCAGAAGAAGCAGUGCUUUUGCAGUACAAAAUCUGCUCAUGACAUAAAGCCAUUUAAAUCACUCGGGACCAAAAAGCUAUGAGGAACAUUGGAGAGUUGUAAACAAGACAAAAAGCAGACGACAAUAUAACAACCACUGAAAUUCAGCACAGUUGGAAAGCAGUUUUUAGUCACUCAUCGUGCAGAGUGUUACAUCAACAGUAUCAAGUGCAGAAAGAGAUCCCAGCAUAAACAGGCGACUCAACCGAGAUUACAGCACCUCGUGUUUCUAUGAUUUCCACUAAUGACAUGUUAGAUUGCAAAGCAGACAGGAGGGGAGUACUACAAAGAAUAUUGUUAACAAGAGCUCCAAGUGAAAUUAGUACAAGAUAAUGCUUUGCUUGCAGGGGUGGGGCUCACACACGUCCUUCUCAGGCGUCUGGUGUUACGUAUG